AUGGAGGACCUAGAGAAGCACCUACAACACUUCGUCGCAGUGGCCGUGUUACAUGAGUGGAAUGAGGUCACUAAGUGUAGAGCCUUCCCACUUUCCCUGGUAGGACAGGCUCAACAGUGGUUCACUGAGUUACCAUCUGGAUGUGUCCGAUCAUUUGAACAGCUAAAGAAAGGGUUUUUGGAGGCAUUCGAUGCCCUUAUCUCGAAGAAGAAGAGUGCCAUGUAUUUGAUGAGCUUGCAACAAAGGCCAAAUGAAUCCCUAAAGCGAUACAUUGAGCGGUUUAGGGUUGCAACGCAAGAGGUAAGGGAUCUCCCGAUUAGAUUGGUAGCCUCAGCCUUGCUUAAUGGAACUGCCUACGCCCCGCUCAGAAGAUCCCUAGCAUUUUUCGAGCCAGACUCAAUGGCCGAAUUAUUUGCCUGA